AUGUCUAAAGCUAACUCAGGAUCGGCUACGCCGCUUCAUUCUGUUCGUUCGAAUGUUCAUGUCGAUGAUCUCGGCAUCACAUCUAUUCUCUCUAACCGAGGCAUCACCAUCAAUGUAGAUCACGAAAUCGACUCCGAUGAGGCGAAGAUUCUUGCCUUAGGUUACAAACAAGAAUUCAAGCGUGAAUUCUCCUUAUGGUCAGUUUUCGCCGUAUCAUUCUCGGUCUUGGGAUUACUUCCCUCUGUGGCAGCGUGUUUUGAUUACCAACAACUUGUUAUUGGUAUCUCUCCAGUGCCCUGGAUCCUUGCCAUUAUCUUUAUUACCUCAGUUGCCCUUUCUAUGGCCGAAAUAGCUUCUGCUUUCCCAACUGCUGCUGGUACCCCAUAUGCAGUUUCCCAGUUGGCUCCUAAGAAGUAUGCUCCAUUCUUCACAUGGAUCACUUGUUUCAGUAAUUGGAUGUGUCAAAUCACUGCCGCUCCAUCUGUGGACUAUUCUUGUGCCAGUAUGAUGUUAGCUCUUUAUGCUUACAAUUCCUCUUCAUACUCUCCAACCACGGGGCAUGUAUACGGUCUUACCACCGGAAUUCAAGUUUGUCAUGCCAUCAUUUCUUCACUUCCUACCAAGUGGUUAGCUUGGUUCAACACCGCCGGAACCCUGGUCAAUAUGUUAUUCUUGGUUAUUGUAUUUGUCAUGAUCUUGGCUGGAAACAAGAGAGAUGAAAUAAACCCAGGGGCAACUAAAUUUAAUACAAACAGUCAAGCCUGGGGCUUGACAAAUCAAACGGAAUAUCCAUCGGGUCUUGCCAUGCUUAUGUCCUUCUUGGGUGUGAUUUGGGCCAUGUCCGGGUAUGACUCCCCUUUUCAUUUGUCGGAAGAAUGUACAAAUGCAUCUGUGGCCGCUCCAAGAGCAAUUGUCUUGACCGCCACCUGUGGUGGUUUCAUUGGAUGGAUGUUCAUGUUGGCCAUUUCUUACACUUUGUACGAUCUUACUGCAAUCGCAGAUGAUGUCGAAGGGUUGGGCCAACCAUUUGUUUCCUAUUUGAGUCAGAUCUUGAAAAAGGACUUGGUCAAUGCAGCCAUGGCAAUGACAAUCAUCUCAGGUUUCUUCAUGGGAUGUUCAUGUAUGUUGGCUGCUUCUCGUGUUACAUAUUCAUACUCCAGAGAUGGCUUAUUCCCUGGAUCUCGUUGGUGGAAGAAAGUCAGUCCACUUACCCAGACCCCAAUUAACGCCGUGUGGAUUAACUUCUUACUUGGUCAAUUACUCCUUUUACUUAUGUUUGCUGGAGAUGUGGCCAUUGGGGCCAUUUUCUCGGUUGGAGGAAUUGCAGGGUUUGUUUCUUUCACCAUGCCAACCAUCUUCAAAAUAUUCUUUAACAGGGGGUUCCAAAGAGGUCCUUGGCACUUGGGACGUUGGUCUACUCCAAUUGGUCUUGUUUCAGUGGCAUUUGUCACCACCAUGAUCCCAGUGUUGUGUUUCCCAACCGUGAAGGGUAUCGAUUUGACCUUGGACGAAAUGAACUGGACUUCACUCGUCUUCUUUGGACCAUUGUUAUUGGUCACUAUCUGGUUUUUGGUGGAUGCUCGUAAAUGGUACCAUGGACCAAAGUCCAAUAUCGAUGAAGCAGACUUUGUGUAUCACUCACAAGAUGUUCUCGAAGGAGUUGAAAAUGAAAAGGUGAAUAGCAAUGUUUACACCAAGGGUAGUCACUAG